CACCCCCUCUCUCUCACCACCCACCACUUGCUAUGAAUAUUCCGACACAUUUCUCCAUUUUGUCCGAGAAAAAAUCGAAUCUCUCCUGUCUGAGUUUGUGUAAGCUUCUCUUGAACAUGAUCCUUUCCGGGAACUGAAGAGGAUAAUCGAGUAGUAAAAGAAAAAAAACGAAAGAUGGCUUCGUCUCUGGAGAUUGUUAGACUUUGUGCUUCUCCUGUAUCGAUUUCCCGCCACAAAUCUCCAGUAAAAUUGGAAUCUAGAAAAAGGAUUUUCAGAUUAGCAGAUUCUCGAAGUUGGGGUCGUCUUGGUCGAUGUGUUAGGGUUCGUUCAUCUGCUCUUAACAAUGGAGAUAACCAGUCAAAAGGUGAAGAACCACCAGAAUCUUUAUUUAUGAAAGAGUUGAAGAGACGAGGUAUGACUCCUACUUCCUUGCUUCAAGACUAUGAAGUAGAUGUUGACGAGAUCAAAACCGGUGGUAAAGACACUAGAAACAGCUCCUCUAAGACGACUGCAACUACUACUCCUCCCUUUGACCAAAGCUUGUUAAACCAGAGGGAGAGAUCCUUGGCUUUAAACAGCGAAGGGCUUGAGGGAUUGAUUCCACGUGCUAGGAUCUUGCUGACGAUCGGAGGGACUUUCUUCUUGGGUUUUUGGCCGUUGAUAGUCUUAACCCUUGGCGCCUUCUCUGCCCUUUACCUUUACUUUGGAGCAGAUUUCAUUCAUGAUGGAAGCAGAACUCCGGUUUCACCACCACCUUACAUCGAUCCAUAUACUCUCUUGGAGGAUGAGAGGAUCUCUGGGAUCAAUCCUCGUCUUAAUUAGCACCACAACGUGUUCUCUCUGCUCCACGCAAGUAGUAGUUAAAUAUAUUGUUGCACUAAGUAUAUAUAUCUUCUUUUCUCUGUUCCUUACGGUUGUAAAAAAUAAUAAUUUUACUUCUGUAUUAUUGCACCUUUUGAAAAGGGUUCACCUCA